CUUCAUUGAAAUGUCAGAAGGUUGAAGCGACUGUCAAAAUCAGGCUGGAACUCGUGUUGCUUUUGGAGUUUUUGUAUAGAAUUUUCUCGUAUUUUCUCCGGUUCUACUAGGAGCAACAUUCAAAGUUGCAGUGAAAGUUUGACGUUAAAGUGGAUAUUUCCGGCUACCUUCUUCCUUAGGAGAACGGGCGCUGUUAUAAUUGAUCUUUGCAAUUUCAUUAAGAAGUGGUUGCUAGGAAAUAUUUGAACACUGGGAAGAUUCGAUCCGGGAAGGAAAAGUUCUUGGCAGUGUUUGCAGGUGAUCCGUAAUCCUCGCGUUAGCUGAUAAGUAAUAAGCACUUAUAAGAAUGGCUAAAUGGGGAGAAGGCGAUCCCAGAUGGAUAGUUGAGGAGCGACCAGACGCCACAAAUGUGAAUAAUUGGCACUGGACAGAGAAGAAUGCAACGCCUUGGUCCAAGGACCGAUUGAAAACUCUCUUUAACGGGUUCCAAGUAGCUGCGAACAACAUCGAGUGCACAAUUACAGAGAUCGAGAAAAUUGAAGGCGAGGCGACAGCAAACAAUCGGAAAGGGAAGCUAAUAUUCUUCUAUGAGUGGAAUCUAGUUCUUAAGUGGUCCGGUUUCUUGCCAGGAAGUAAGGACGCACAUACUGGCAAGGUGACGAUCCCUAAUUUGUCGGAAGAAAAUGACCUCGACGACAUCGAAUUGACAAUAACGAUUGAUGAAUCGAACGACGACUCGGAAAAAUUGAAGUUGUUCAUGUACAACACUGGCCGUGGCGUGAUUAGAGAGCAGUUAGGCAAGUAUGUAAAAGAACUCAAGGAGGAAUAUUCAAAAGGUUUAAUACUGCCAAAGAAGGAUUCUGAGCAAAAGAUCAAGCCAGAUAGCGUGACCACAAUAACAAGCGGUUUCAACCGGAAGAUCGAUAUCGACUCAGAGCCAAUAGUCAACAGUCAAGUCGCACAACCAAUCGGUUGCAAGAUUGAUGUGAAAACGCUGAAACUGAAAGUAGACUUCCAGUGUCGAGCAAACGAAUUAUACGAUGCCCUGACGAAAGUGGAGCUUGUCCAAGCUUUUACCCGCGGUCCAGUCAAGCUGGAGCCAACAAAGGGAGGAGAAUUCGUUUUAUUUGGCGGAAAUGUUCACGGGAAAUUCGAAGAAUUGGUUCCGAACACGAGAAUCGCUCAACUGUGGCGACUGAAACAGUGGCCGGCUGGGCAUUUUUCAAAAGUAGUAUUAGACAUCGAAGAAAAGGAUGACCACACCGAAUUACGACUCACUCAGAGUGGAGUACCUACCUCUGAAGCUAGUACAACGCAAAAUAACUGGGAGCGCUACUACUGGAAUAGCAUUAAACAGACUUUUGGUUUUGGCUCAUUUUUGGUGUGAGAGUGCGUAGAACAUACUAAAUCAGACCUUUAACCGAAACCAUGUAACCAUCAUGUCCAACAUUAGAAUCGAUAAUAAAAUAUUGAAUUAUAACAGAAAAGAAGGAAUCUGAGAAGAACACAUCUACAAACAGUAGGAAGUUUAUGGUCUGAAGAUAAUUUUCUCGAAAAUCUAUAAACGGGAUAAAUAUUUCGGAUACUUUCUCUGAAUUCAAUUGACGGAAUCAGAUUACUUAAAAUUGUGCUUAGACUUCGCAUAUGUAUUGAAAACAACAAGUGAAAUAAGAAACAGAACGCUUAUUCGAUUUGAAGUCAA